CGUGUUUAGUCCUUGCAACCCUCGCUGACCUCACGGGUCGCACCGGGCCAUGGAUGUGGUACAUCGUCCCAGCGGAGUGCGGCCAUUGACAUGGCGGAGCGAGCUGGCGAUCAUUUUAGAGGCGCUGGUGGCCAUUGGCAGUGUGCCCAUGCUGCCAAUGCUGCUGAUGUACCUCUUUUGGAAGGCCUGCCGCAGCAAGCCGGAGGAGCGUUCGACCAGAUGGCGACACUUUGGGGGGUUGCUGGCGUUGUAUCUUUUCUUGAUGUUCAUCCCAACGAUCCCCAGGCCUUGGGUCAUGGGAAGCGCCUUCUUCCGCUGGUGGUUGGACUACUUCUCCGUGGGCCUCGUGUACCAGGCUGGGAGGCCAUUGCCUCCCAAGCAAUACAUCUACCUCUUCAUGCCCCACGGCCUCUACCCCUUCAGUGGGGCCUGUGCCAGCAUCGCCGGCAUGCGUGACCUGUUUCCGCGCAUGCGCAUCGCCGCGGCCUGGGUCUCCUUCCGAGUCCCGGUCAUUCGGCAACUGAUGGGCUGGAUCAACACCAUCCCGGCAGAUGCUACCUCCAUCCAGAAGGCAUUGAACGGUGGCGAUUCCAUCGGCCUGUUCCCAGGUGGCGUUGCUGAGAUGGUGCGUACAGAUAGCACGAAGGAGAAUUUGCUGCUGCGGUCACGCAAAGGCUUCGUGCGGAUCGCCAUGCAACAGAAGGUGCCCAUCGUCCCAGUUUAUGUGUUUGGCCAGUCGGUGCUUUGGAGCCAGGUGCCCUUGCCGCGGUGGGUAGAACGGUUGAGCCGCUGGAUUCAGGCCAGCAUCAUCCUGCCCUAUGGCCGCUUUGGAUCGCUGGUGCCACAGAAGAAGCAACUGCUUUAUGCCGUGGGGAACCCCAUUGAGCCUGGUGACAACAUCAAUACAACACACGAUGCCGUCGUCGCAGCAGUGCAGACGCUUUAUGACACCUACAAGGGCCUCUACGGUUGGCAACACCGCCCGCUGCAGAUGGACUGACAUUGACUGACUUGCUGGGCCAGAGAAAGGCCCGUGAACACUCGCUGGCCCAUUAUGGCAGAGGUGAGUUCAGGGCGCGUUUGGCGUCCGUAAACGGCCCAAAGAGGCGAACGAAGAUGCGUGCAAAGCGCGCGUGCCUGCACUCUGGCUUGGAUCUCACUAUAAGGCAACAGCAGGCAGAAUCAUCAGCCUCCACAUCCACACUAGAUGCACUGGAGGGAGUUGCAAAGGUCAGCCCCUCCGUCGACGGCUCCCACCCCUUCCGAUGGCUUUGUGUGCGUAGAGACCUCACAAUAUCCUGUAUGUUUAAUACGCUCAAGAAACACCUCCUAUUGGCUGCCUAUGGCCGAAGAGCCCAAGAGCUGGGUGGUCGCAAUUGUGCGAAAGGUGGGACGUCCCAACUGCCCGCCACGCUCG